GUUCAGUUGCAUCUCAGUAGGUUUUUAUCAGACUGCAGAAUCUUCAUCUUCAACUAUUUGGACUGUUUGAAGAAACUAUGAAGGUGUGUGUGUGAGCUGAUGUGGACGUGAAUUCAUCAGAAUGGAUCAGUGUGAGGACGGAGAGGAGGGAGUCCCUCCCUCUAAAACCUCUCUGUGUGGGGAACAUGAGAGUCGGAGCAAAGCUCAGAGGAAUCGACCUGGACCUGGAGCUGGACCUGGACCUAAACCUAAACUUAAACCUAAACCUGGACCUGGACCUGGACCUGGACCUGGACCAGGACCUGGACCUGGACCUGGACCUGGACCUGGACCUGGACCUGGACCUGGACCUGGACCCAGCUGUGUGUCCUUGAAGAGCGACCAGUCAAAAGGGUUGCCAAUUGAAUUUAAAGGAGACCAACGUUCUGCUGUAAAGAGGGUCUAUCAGACAAGAGACUCUGUUGAACAUGAACCCAGCUGUUUGUCCUUGAAGAGCAACCAGUCAAAAGGGAUGCCAAUUGAAUUUAAAGGAGACCAACAUUCUUCUUCAGAGAGAGUGGACCAGCAGAGCUCAGAGCCUCCCAGUGGUCCGUCUGUCCAGCAGCAUCAGACACAGCUGGACUCCAUCUUUCUGCUGCUGGAGGACAACAUUGUCAUGUUUGUGAAGAACGAGCUGAAGAAGAUCCAGAGGGGUCUGAGUCCAGAUUACCCAGAAUCCCUAGAGCAUCUGUUGGAGGGUGAGGAUGAAGAGCAGAAGAGCAGCAGAGAGGCGUUUGUGAAGAUCACAGUGAACUUCCUGAGGAGAAUGAAGCAGGAGGAGUUGGCUGAGCGUCUGCAGAGAAGUACUUUUGCUGCAGUUUGUCAAAAGAGUCUGAAGUCUAAGCUUAAGAAGAGGUACCAGUGUGUGUUUGAGGGGAUUGUUAAAGCAGGAAACCCAACCCUUCUGAAGCAGAUCUACACAGAGCUCUACAUCACAGAGGGAGGGACUGGAGAGGUCAACGGUGAACAUGAAGUCAGACGGAUUGAAGCAGCAUCCAGGAAACAACACAGAGCAGAAACUACCAUCAGGCAGGAAGACAUCUUUAAACUCCCACCUGGAAGACAUGAACCAAUCAGAACAGUGAUGACGAAGGGAGUGGCCGGCAUUGGGAAAACAGUCCUAACACAGAAGUUCUCUCUGGACUGGGCUGAAGGGAGAGCCAACCAGGAGAUCCAGUUACUGCUUCCAUUCACCUUCAGAGAGCUGAAUGUGCUGAAAGAGAGAAAGUUCAGCUUGGUGGAACUUGUUCAUCACUUCUUCCCUGAAACCAGAGAAAUCUGCAGCUUUGAAGAGUUCCAGGUCGUGUUCAUCUUUGACGGUCUGGAUGAGAGUCGACUUCCUCUGGACUUCCACAACAAUGAGGUCCUGACUGAUGUUAGAGAGUCCACCUCAGUGGAUGUGCUGCUGACAAACCUCAUCAGGGGGAACCUGCUUCCUUCUGCUCGUCUCUGGAUCACCACACGACCCGCAGCAGCCAAUCAGAUCCCUCCUGAGUGUGUCUCCAUGGUGACAGAGGUCAGAGGGUUCACUAACCCACAGAAAGAGGAAUACUUCAGGAAGAGGUUCAGAGAAGAGGAGCAGACCAGCAGGAUCAUCUCCCACAUCAAGACAUCACGAAGCCUCCACAUCAUGUGCCACAUCCCAGUCUUCUGCUGGAUCACUGCUACAGUCCUGGAGAAAGUCCUGGAAACCAGAGAGGGAGGGGAGCUGCCCAAGUCCCUGACUGAGAUGUACAUCCACUUCCUGGUGGUCCAGGUCAAACUGAAGAAGGUCAAGUAUGAUGGAGGAGCUGGGACGGAUCCACACUGGAGUCCAGAGAGCAGGAAGAUGGUGGAGUCUCUGGGAAAACUGGCAUUUGAGCAGCUGCAGAAAGGAAACCUGAUCUUCUAUGAACCAGACCUGAGAGAGUGUGGCAUCGAUGUCAGAGAGGCUUCAGUGUACUCAGGAGUGUUCACCCAGAUCUUUAGAGAGGAGAGCAGCCUGUACCAGGACCGGGUCUUCUGCUUCGUCCAUCUGAGUGUUCAGGAGUUUCUGGCUGCUCUUCAUGUCCAUCAGACCUUCAUCAAGUCUGGAGUCAACCUGCUGAAGGAACAAAAGAACACCUUCUGGUGGUUUAAAACAAGAGCCGUGACUGACCUCCAUCAGAGUGCUGUGGACAAGGCUUUACAGAGUCCCAACGGACACCUGGACUUGUUCCUCCGCUUCCUCCUGGGUCUUUCACUGGAGACCAAUCAGACUCUCCUACGAGGUCUGUUGGAACCAAAACAAAGAAGUUCACAGAACAAUAAGGAAACAGUUAAAUACAUCAAGGAGAAGAUCAGUGAGGAUCUGUCUGCAGAGAAAAGCAUCAACCUGUUCCACUGUCUGAAUGAACUGAACGAUGGUUCUCUGGUGGAGGAGGUCCAACGGUCCCUGAGGUCAGGACUUCUCUCCACAGGUAAACUGUCUCCUGCUCAGUGGUCGGCUCUUAUCUUCAUCUUACUGUCAUCAGAAGAUCUGGAGGUGUUUGAGCUGAAGAAAUACUCAGCUUCAGAGGAGGUUCUACGGAGGCUGCUGCCGGUGGUCAAAGCCUCCAAGAAAGUUGUAUUGAGUGGUUGUAACCUCUCAGAGAACAUCUGUGCAGAUCUGUCCUCAGUUCUCAGCUCUCAGUCCUCCAGUCUGACAGAACUGGACCUGAGUAACAACCACCUGCAGGAUUCAGGACUGAAGAAGCUGUGUCCUGGACUGGAGAGUCCACACUGUCACCUGGAGUCUCUCAGGUUGAGUGGUUGUAUCCUCUCAGCGUACAUCUGUGCAGAUCUGUCCUCAGUUCUCAGCUCUCAGUCCUCCAGUCUGACAGAACUGGACCUGAGUAACAACCACCUGCAGGAUUCAGGACUGAAGAAGCUUUGUCCUGGACUGGAGAGUCCACACUGUCACCUGGAGUCUCUCAGGUUGAGUGACUGUAACCUCUCAGAGGAUAUAUGUGCAGAUCUGUCCUCAGUUCUCAGCUCUCAGUCCUCCAGUCUGACAGAACUGGACCUGAGUAACAACCACAUGCAGGAUUCAGGACUGAAGAAGCUGUGUCCUGGACUGGAGAGUCCACACUGUCACCUGGAGUCUCUCAGGCUGUCAGGCUGUCUGAUCUCAGAGGAAGGCUGUGUUUCUCUGGUCUCAGCUCUGACCUCCAACCCCUCCCACCUGAGAGAGCUCGACCUGAGCUACAACCAUCCAGGAGAGUCAGCAGUGAAGCUUUUGUCUGCUGGACUGAAGGAUCCCCGCUGGAGACUGGACACUCUCAGGGUGGAGCCUGCUGGACAACAAUGGUUGACACCAGAUCUGAGGAAGUAUUCCUGUCAACUCACCAUUGACACAAACACAGUCAACAAACACAUCAAUCUGUCUGACAACAACAGGAAGAUGAUGUUUGUCUGGGGGUAUCAGUCAUAUCCGGAUCAUCCAGACAGGUUUGAUUCCUGGUACCAGCUACUGUGUAGAGAAGUUCUGACGGGUCGCUGUUACUGGGAGGUCCAGUGGAGAAGAAAAGUUUCUGUAUCAGUGAGUUACAGAACAAUCAGCAGGAAAGGAGACUCUGAUGACUGUAGGUUUGGAAUGAACGAUCAUUCCUGGAGUCUGGAAUGUUCUGAUGAUGGUCGGUACCAAGUCUGGCACAAUAACAGAGUAACAUCAUCCUCCUCCUCUUCCUCAGUCUCUGACAGAGUAGCAGUGUAUGUGGACGUUCCUGCUGGAACUCUGUCCUUCUACAGCGUCUCCUCUGACAGACUGAUCCACCUCCACACCUUCAACACCACAUUCACUGAACCCCUCUCUCCUGGGUUCAGGUUCGGGUUCAAUCCUGGUUCUUCAGUGUUUCUGUAUUGAGUUCAGUCUCAAGAGUCUCCUCCUGUCAGAGAAACUGUCUCUGUUGGACGGAUAGUUGAGUCUGUACAUGUCUGUCUCUGUUUCCAUCAGAUCACCUGAAUCACAUGUUGGUGAAACUGUUCUGAAUGAUUCCUUGGAAACUUCUUCCUCUUCCAGUCCUUUAAAGGUGGAAGCUGCCGUUAUUCCAGGAUCCACAUGUUGUUCUUCUGUCUGUUUCCAGUCAGAGCUUCACGGUGAACAGCAGCAUGUUGUUUCUCUGCAGCUCAGUUCAGCUGAGAUCAUUCACUUCAUGUCAGCUGCAGUUAGUUUGCUGCACAUGUGACCAACUGUGAUGUCAGAGAGGAAUCACUGAGCUGCAAUCAGCCGAGAUGAAGUUACAACCUGCUGACAGAUCUGAGCACAAGGUUGCUGUGCAGCCAGGGUUCAUCCUGGUCUUUAUUCACACCCACUUCCUGUUCCAACCAGGACGUCACUACUGGACUGUCAGGUUUCUGUCAUGGUAAAUGGUUUGUCUAUGUGUGAGCUCUCACCAAGAUGAAUAAGAUGAUCCAUCCAUCAUCUACAAUUGCUUCUUAAUGUUCAGGGUCCCGGGGGUCGGCCUUGUUGAUUUUACACUGUACUAAGAAGGGUUAUUUUUUGAAUAAAAUUCCCUUUUGAUGACAAUAUUUGAUAUCCACUCAUUAAAAGCGCUGCCUCAACAUUUCCUCAAAAUAAUUAUCAAAUUUAUUUAUCAUGCUACAAAACAUAUUUCAGAAUGAAACAUUUUUUAUUCUUAAAUCAGUUUAAUUUUUUCCAAUUUUCAUAUGAUCACUUCCGUAAAAUUUUAGUAGCAAAUCAUGAACAUCUUCAAAUCAAGUCCCAUUUAUAUGAAACUCAACCACCAUAACACUUUUAGCAAAUCAUGAAGUCCCACAUCUGUAGAAAUGAUCAGGUAUAAAAAUAAUCAGAACUUCAAAAUCCUCACAUUUGUACUAAUAAUAAAAGAUGUAGCACUGGUCUGAAGGUUUUCAUGACAGAGUGGUUGAUUUAAGAACAUCCAGCCACCAGGGGGGGCUGCUGCACUUGAUCUCACUGAGUGCCGCUUAUCGUGUGGCAGAAGAAGAGAGACAAUGAUGAGAAUGGUGUCCUCCUACCGGAGGAGAGGACACCAGGCCCCUCCAUCCCAACCUCCCAUGUUCCCUUCACCACCGGGAACACGUCAUCCACAGCCCGGAGACCAGUAAAGGCAGCCUCUGUCACCACCACCCUUGCAGGCCAUACCGCCCCUUCAGCAAGGGAGCACCGCCCGCAGUAAAACACAAUUAAGUUUAGACAGGAGUUAGAACCAAGGUCAUAUGUUCUCAUUGUAAAUGUUCAUCAAUGUCAAUAUAAAAACGAUUUCUCAGAAUCAGUUGUAUAAUAUCCAAAUAUGUGUGUUCUUUAUCUAGAAAACCCCAAAACAAUU